AUGGACAGAUCGAGAAUAGGAGCAGUGGUGGGAGCAGGAGUGGGAGGCUACACAAUCUUCUCCACCAAGAUGGAGAAAAUGAUCAAAAGAGGAUAUCAUAGGCUGUGCCCAUUCUUUGUCCCCUGUCCUAUCACAAACAUGGGAUCCGCCUUGCUCGCUAUUGAUAAUGGACUGAUGGGCCCCAGCUAUUCAAUAUCUACUGCAUGUGCUACAGCCAAUUGCUGCUUCUUCGCCGCCGCUAAUCACAUAAGAAAGGGCGACGCUGAUGUAAUGAUCGCCGGCGGUACGGAGGCGCCCAUUCUUCCGAUGGGCAUUGCGGGAUUUUCUGCAUGUCGGGCUUUGUCUCUGCGCAAUGCUGAGCCUGAUAAGGCUUCUCGUCCAUGGGAUAAGGCCCGGGAUGGGUUUGUCAUGGGAGAAGGAUCUGGAAUUCUG